UGGAGGUUAUUUGGUUUGUUGGGUGGGUUGUUUUUUUUUGCUUUUCGUUUCGGAUCCUCCCUGCUCUCUCGUGCCUCUUGCAGCAGGCGAGCCAGGCAGCCCUGUGUCAUGACUUAUGAAUUAGCGUGACUCAGGGAUCGCCCACCCUCCGCAAGGGGAUCCUCAGUCCGACCCGGCAGGGAGGCAGGGCUGGGCUGCGUGUGCCUGCAGCAUUGGAGAUCGCUGCUGCAGCGAGGGGUGCUGGACACCACGCCCUCCCUGGCCUGGAGUAAUCCUGCAUGACCAUCACAAAGAUGUCAUGGCACCCUCAGUAUCGGAGUUCCAAGUUCCGUCAUGUCUACGGCAAGCCAGCCAGCAAGGAGAAGUGCUAUGACUGUGUGCCCAUCACACGCAGCGUCCACGACAACCACUUCUGUGCUGUCAACCCCCACUUCAUUGCUGUGGUGACGGAGUGUGCAGGUGGUGGGGCCUUCCUCGUGAUACCUGUGCACCAGACAGGAAAGCUUGACCCACACUACCCUCGAGUAUGUGGGCACAAAGGGAAUGUGCUGGACAUCAAGUGGAACCCUUUUAAUGACUUUGUAAUAGCUUCCUGCUCAGAAGAUGCCACUGUCAAGAUCUGGGACAUCCCCAAGCAUUUGCUAACAAGAAACAUCACCAACGCAAAGAAGGAACUCCUCGGCCAUGCACGGCGGGUUGGCCUCAUCGAAUGGCACCCCACUGCCAAUAACAUCCUCUUCAGCUCUGGUUAUGACUAUAAGAUUAUGAUAUGGAACCUCGACACAAAGGAGACGGUCAUUCAGAAUCCAGUGAAGAUCUUCAAUUCUCACAAGGAUGUGAUCCUCUCCAUGUCAUUCAACAUGGAUGGCAGUCUGCUAGCCACAGCUUGCCGAGACAGAAAGAUACGGAUUUUUGAGCCUCAGACAGGCACAGUUGUACAGGAAGCCAGCUACAAGUCUCACAGAGUGAAUAAAGUUUUGUUUCUAGGAAACAUGAAAAAGCUGCUCUCUACUGGCACAUCCCGGUGGAAUAAUAGGCAGAUAGUCUUAUGGGAUCAGAAUGAUCUUUCAGUGCCUUUAUUAGAGGAGGAUCUAGAUGGCUCCUCAGGGCUGCUCUUCCCUUUUUAUGACUCAGAUACAAACAUGCUGUAUGUUGUGAGCAAGGGUGAUGGGAACAUUCGCUACUAUGAGAUAAGCAUGGAGAAGCCAUACCUGAACUUCCUGAUGGAGUACCGUUCCCACAUACCACAGAAAGGCAUUGGGGCCAUGCCGAAGAGAGGCCUUGAUGUGUCAGCCUGUGAGAUCUUCCGAUUCUACAAGCUGAUCCCAACCAAAAGCCUGAUCGAGCCCGUUUCCAUGAUUGUGCCACGGCGGUCAGAAUCUUACCAGGAGGACAUCUACCCCAUGACAGCUGGGACCCAGCCAGCACUGACAUCUCAGGAGUGGCUGAAUGGAAUCAAUAAAGGGCCUGUUCUAGUGUCCUUGAGACCAGGCUCUGGGAUUGUGAAUUCUCUGCCACAAUUUCCUGAGCAAGAGCCAUCCCAGAAGACCACAGAAUCCAACCGGUACCAAAACCAGGAAGAAUGGAUGCCACUGGAGGAGAUCCAAAAGCAAAGCAGUGUCCCGGACAGGAAAAGCCAGAAGAAAAUGGAGGAGAGACUGCAGAAUGAUAGCCAGAUGCGGCUUUCCAAUGGCUUUGAUGUGUUUGAGUGCCCCCCGCCCAAAACUGAGAAUGAGCUGCUACAGAUGUUUUACCGACAGCAGGAGGAAAUCCGGAGGCUGCGUGAGGUGGUGAGUCAGAGGGAUGUCCAAAUCAAGCAGCUGGAGCUGGAGAUCAAAAACUGCCACAUGGAUGCAGGCAGGUACUGAGGGCAUAGGGGUGCCCAUGUGGCUGACUGCACCUGGCAGGCCUAUGAGAGACCCCAGCCACCUUGAGAGAACUGCUCUUUCUAGCUUUGGAUUAAGAUGGAAGGCAUGCAAUUGAGUGCCCAGUGGCAGCACAUGGGCUCAUACCCAUCUAUGGAGCUUGCAGAGGAAAGCUGGCUUGAAAAGCAUGGACAAAGUCUUGGGAGUCUUGUUCUGGCUCUGCACACUCUCCUUUGAUGCCUCUUUAUGCUGCAGUGUGCUGGAAUAAGCAGAAGGGGUACUACAAGCUUCCCAGGUCAGCCUGUGCCUGGCAGUGCUGCUCUUAGGGUCCCUGCACUGCUGCCUGGCUAUGCAGUGUGGGGGAGGCUGUCAGCACUAGCCAGGUGCUGUGUAGCAGAGCCCAUGGGGGUGGCCCCAAAACUGCCCACACUGCACAAGGCCUGAGCUACCCUACACAUGAAAUAACAUCACGUAAGACCCAUAUGAGGACUGGAGUCUGUAGCCUGUCCCAAUAGCAUCUCCAGCCCUCCCACUGAGUAGGCAUACAGGCCUGGUACUCCUGUCAUCCUCCCACCUUUUCCCUUCAGGCAGGGUCUAUUGCUACAUCCUGUUUCUUCUUCUGCAGCAGCCAUUGGCUCCAUCGCUACCUCAUGCCCCAUAACCCAGACACCAGUUAGUCUGUAGCCCUUUCAUGCCUCAGCAGCGUUUCCCUGACCCUACACUGCUCGUCUCCCACCAAGUAGACACACGCUGCCAUCCACAGGCUGUUAUUUGCCCGACUUCUCCACUCUUCCUCGACUGCCUGAUGUCAGAGCCCCUUGCGGUUCAGCUUCUCCUGCCAAAGCUCCGAGCCCUGUCCCCUGAGCCUCUCUGUGUAUACCUGGUGAGAACCUAGGUGUCCUGAGGUUUUCCAGGUCCCCUAGAUGUAAACAGUAGCGUCCAUGCAAACCCUAAGGUGGAAAGAAGUGUCCAUGGUCUCCUGAACGGUGUGAGAAUCAACGAGGCACUUCAUUUUACCUGAAGUAAUUACUGCUUCACACAUACGUGUAUGUGUAUGUGUGCAUGCACUCAUGUACACAUGGGGUGAGCAUGGGCAAGAUGGCAGGGCCAUGAUCUGAACUCAAACAUUUGCCAAGUGCGAGGAAUGCUACUGUGUCACUAGAUUAGAACCACUGCACCACAGAGAAUUCAGCGGCCAGUGAAGUCAGGACUGUGUCCUGUCUGUCAGUGCCUCCUGUUGGGGCAAGGCGCUCACUAGCAUCAGCUCCCAGAAAGCUGCAGCCGACAGAAGUUGCUCAUCUGUGAGCACUGCAAGAGGACCCACAAUAGGUGUGUAAUGCAAAGAGACCUCAGCCUUCCCAAAAGCCUCAUGCCACUCUAAGAACCAAGAAACUCAGGUGCUAAAAAAGUCACUUUUAUGUUGCUUUAAACAGCCCCCUUUCUCCACUCCCACCAGUGACCAUUUGUGUGGGGGUAGUUGUCCACACACCAAGACAAAAUCCAUUUAGAGUUGGCUGCCUUCACCUUUGACACCUCUCUCUGGCAUAAAAGUAGAAAUGAGCUAUGCUGAUGCUUGCUUUUUCUGGGGAACUCACCAUCAGACUCCAUCUUUCUGUCUGUCCAAUACUGUUUUGGAGGCAGCAGUACUGGUGUCACUGAGCAGCUCCAUUCUCAGGGCAGCCAUGCAAUGCCUGGGGCAGUGCCAGCCGCUGCAGUGCCAAUUGCAGUGGGAGCCAUUCAUUGCUGCUUUGCAUGCAUCUAUUUUUGUGCCCUCUUCACAAAGGUAGUGCCCAGCCCACUAUAUUAUGCUAAUAAGCACCAGUGGUAGGCUCUGUGAAGCUGAGCAUCUGUGCUUGUGUGGGUUACCAUCUCACAAGGUGAUAUGGAUGAAAGAAAGAGAGAGCUGGUCAUCCAAUUGCCCACCAAAUAUUUUGGACACAUCUACUGUUUGUCUGAACCACAUUUGAAACUUCCACGCAAAUAAUACAGCCAUACUUCUUUUUGUAAAAAAAUCCCAAUCAUUUUUAGUUUACAACCAAUGAUUAUCAAAACUGAACAACACAUCAGUGACAUGACAACAUGGAUACCUACAACGUAAGACAAUGUAAGGCUGCUUCCUGUCAGUGAAAAGUGUGUUUCAUUUGGAGAUUUUUUGGUUUUUUUAUAUAAAAAUUAUUUAAAUUGUCAGCAAAAGUAAAGAAAAAUAAUUUUUACCAGGCAUUUUUGUUUGUUCUUUUUUUAUUAAUUUUUUUCUGUAUGUGUAUGACUAGACAGCUUGGAAACUGGUCAGCAAAUGUUUCUUAGCCAAUUAUGAAUGCACUUGUUGAUCUCAAUGUAUACUUGAAAAGAUAAUCAUUGCGUUUAUUGUUUACUGAAGACCUUUCAAAGAACAAAGAAUAUCUAAUCAGGACUUGAAUAUGAUCUUUUGGCUAAUACCUCUGCAUAAAUGUAGGCUUUGAACUAUGUUUCAGUUCAAAGCUGAAAUGUAACCAUAAAUAUUUUACAGGAAGACAGAGAUUGGCAGAAAUUGUUUUAUUAUGUUUUAUUAAACAGUGCCUAAAUAUAUUUAAAUGAUCAUGUGUGGCAUUCUUGUCAAAUGGCUUUUAUCUUUAUAAAGAAAGAGAGGGAAGACAUAAUAGAAAACAAGAUGAAGAGAAAAGGGCAAAUAGGUUUGUGCAAUGUAAAACAAAUGUAAUUAAAUAAAUAUCUAUCUAGAAUAUUAGUUUUUAAUAUUAUGUAGGUUUUGGUUUGAUUUUGCUUUUUCCACUGUUUAAUUGCUUAAAGAAAAUUUCUAAACCAGAGGACUGAGCAGACUUAGAAGGGAGUUUAUGUAUUUCUGUCCUGUGCUCUGAUAAAUUAUUUCCUGAAUUAUACCUGGUAAUUAAACCUGAAAUUAUACAGGUGCUUACACUGUUGUUAAUAUAUGUGUGUCUUAACCUUCCCACUUGCCCGAGACCGGUGGGCUGUUCAUUUAAGUCCUUCCGUACUUUGUUCCUGUGUUGAUCCAGUUUCUAAUAAACUAAAAAACUAACCCACAGGAAUGAACACAGAUAGGCUUUCCUCUUCAUUUGCUUUUUAACUACUGCACCUGAGUAACUACAAUAUGGGUAGUGAGCUCAAGUUUCCUCUCAAAGUGGGUCCACUGUGAAGUAAAAAAGCAAGAUUCCUGUGGCCAGAAAGAGCCAUAAUCUAGUGGUUAUAGUUCAAAGACCUGAGUUCUGCUGCAAGGGCUGCACUCCAAGGACUGAUCCAGGCUCAGACUUGCCUUUUUCACUGCUUUAAAAUUAGUGGGGCUGGGAUCAUGCCCCUCCUGACUUGUAACCCACACAACAUUCAAGAAGUAUGAGUAUGGCUGCACUUUGCCCAGGUAUUGUGAGUAGGCAGGCUUCCUCCCUUCCAUCCACCCCCAUUGGCCUACAUGCAUAGAGGCCAGGAGACACCCAUUCUGCACCGUACCAUCCAUGCCCCAGUUCAGCCUGGCUGUACGUGCUAACAGUCUGAAGUGAUCCACUCCCAGACUUACUACAGACAGGGAACAUGCAGCUUCAUCCUGACCAGUUCUGUCAUGCACCAUGAGGAGGAAAGUGAAGAAUGAAGAUCUGUUACAAUCCUGGCAGCAAGAUGAAUCAUGAGAAUCAUUACUUCCCAGUGAUACUUUAAAUUAAAAGUAUUUACAAACCAAUGUGCAGUCCAACAAGUUGCUGAUAACCAUCCAUAAAUAUGAGCCCUACCCUCAAGCAGCCAAACCCUCCAAAUUCCUGAACCUGCCUACUGUACCAUACAGGUAAGUGGGAGGAAAAGUCCUUCAGCAGGGGCUAUUUUCUUUUAUCUUCUUACCAGCGACCCAGGACUUAUGGUUAUCACGAGUUAAAGGCCCAUCAGUGGAAGGCGAGUGCUAUGCAAGAUCACAGGGCUCAAUGUCGUAAUGCAAGGGUGGGCAAAAUAGGGCUGCCAACUGAUUGCAUCUGGCUUAUGGAUGGGUAGCUGUGAACUCAUGGGAUCUGGCUUGCAGGCGGCCGGCAGCUCUGGCUUCAGCUGCCGCAUGGUGCUGGGCAGGUCGGCAGGACUGGUUCUGCCCAGCACUGACGUGGUGGCAUCAGCUGUGGACCCAAUCGCCACCCAGAACCUGCUGGUGACA